AUGGCCGCAACUAAGGCACAGCUUCAGGCCACACUGAGCGCAAUCUUCGAAAAUCUCACCGAAGCACAAUUGAACGACAUCAACAAAACCCUUGCAACACUCACUGCGCAGAACUCGAAAGGUCUUGCUGCUGAUGCGAUGCAGCCAAAGAAUGCGAACAAGGUUUCCAAGCCGGCGGCUCGAGUCCUGAACUCUCGUGGCAAGAAAAAGACAAAGCGAGUUCUCAACGGCUUCAUCUGCUUUAGAUCAUACUAUGGAUCGGUGUUCAAGGGCAAACAGAUGGACAAGUCUGGGCUCCUCCGAGAGAUGUGGGCCAAGGAACCUCGCCGCAACCUUUUCGGUCUGUUGGGCAAAGCGUUCUCUGACCUCCGCGAUGGUCACUCAGAAUCGGUCUCGCUUGAAAAGUUCCUUGAGACCACUAUUCCUCUUCUCCCUGUCGUCCCAGCCGACCAGUAUCUUGUCAAGAUGGGUUGGACUGUCACAACCAAUGAGGGUAAAGACGCCAUUCGUCGAGUUGAUGGUUUCGACGCAGCUGCGACAAACCUGGAAUUUCCUCCACAAACCAAUGUCUCUGUGCAUGAGUUGGUCGAGCACUGCUACAAGCAGGGACUGGUUGAUAGAGAUGACUGUCUGUCUUCUACCGAAUCAGCGCAGUCAGAUCCGUGGAACUCUUUGGACUACGACAUCACCUUCGCCACGGCCCCAGUUCCCCAGCAAGACUUCGCAGAGGGUGUUGCGACAACUCCAGAGUUCGAGACUGAUGCUGAGACCAACUACAUCACUUCCGCCCAAGCGACUCCUUCUAGUGUCUCAAGUGACCAUGUUCCAGAGGGUUACUUGACCAUUGGUGCCGUCACUGCUGACCAACAGGCUGCUUAUGAUCAGUUGGAAUUCGGCUACCACUUCCAUCCUGACAUGGAACCCGUUCUUGGCUUCGACCCUCGCAUCAUCCAAGAUGAUUUCGACCCAUUCGACCUCGAUGUCAGCGAGCUCUUCGACUUUGGAAAGUCUGGCUACCAGAUGUAA